AUGGCCGUCGGCGAUAUUCCCUCAAGCCCUCAGCAGGCAGCUGCCCCGCCUCAGCCCAUCGACAUCGAAGCGUGGACCGAGCAAGCAACGGUUGCGCUCAGCUCGGUGGCUAUAUCCACCCCUGGUGAUGCGCUUCAGGGUACCUCGGUUACGCUUGCGAUACCGCUCGAACAUGAUGCGCCUGCCGCUGCCGCCCACCCCGUAGGUGCCUCGGCAGCUGCAAAGGAGGGUGGCUACUAUCAUCGCAAGGAACCACUCCGUCGCGACAGCUUGAAGAGGCGUGAAGCCCUGCUCCGCGGCAAAGAGGGGUCAAGGCGCAGGCAGCGUUGGGAGAAUGAUCGCCUCCUAAACAACCCCUACGCUGAGCCUCCGCUGCCGAAGGACUGGGAGGUCCAUCCUACCUACACGUCCAAGAAUGUACCCUACUAUCUCGCUCCGCUCUGGGACGCCGGCCUCAAGCGCCAGUCCAACGAACGCAAGACCGCCGCCGUCGCCCAAAAGUCCGCGACCAAGACUGUAGCCAACAAGCCCACAACUCCCGGUGUCGUACCCAAGGAGCUGCGCGAGAAGCUGAAGCGAUCACGCGGUGCCAAGGGUCUGCUCAUGGACCUUGAAGGCGAAGUGCGCAAGUUCGUAGAGGGCUGGGAAGAAAAGGAGCGCAAGGCAGAGCAAGACGGCCUACCUGCCGAUCCGGACAGCGAGGACGACGAGAUCGUCUUCGUUGGAAGGAACGGGCAGAUGAACGAUCUCCGCUCGCCUACAGAGGCUGAGGCUAUCAAGAAGGAGCUCAUGCUCUUUGAGACACCCGAGGAAGACGUUGGAGGCAGCUUCGGACGUUGGCUCGUACACCACAUUGGGGUCUACUAUGGCUUGAAGACCUGGAGUGUCACUGUUGGCAAUCCAGCCAGGCGCGAAGCCUAUGUUGGCCUAAAGGGUGCGAAGCUCCAGGCUGGCAACACUGGCAGCCAGGUCUGUGGCACCUUGCCUCGACCGCUCUAUGGCUUGGUAUAG